CAGCGCCCGAAGCCUCUGUGGUUCCCAGCAGGAGUGACCCUGGGACACGAGGUUAUAACUGAACCGGUCGGCACCGCUGGCUUCAGGAGACACUCCGCAGACACCAGGGAACAGAGGAGAGGUGUUGGAUGAAGCCAUCCCCAGCAUGGGGCAGAUAAACCAAACGGGGAGGUACGACGAGGAGAUCGACGUCAAGGCGCUUCAGGAGAUGUACAAGAUGUUUGUGGUGGAGUGUCCCAGCGGCGUGUUGUUCCUGCACGAGUUCAAGAGGUUCUUUGGGGUGGACCCGACGGGGGAGGCGUCCGACUACGCUGAGGCAAUGUUCCGGGCGUUCGACAGGAACGGGGAUAACACCAUUGAUUUCCUAGAGUUUGUGGCGGCGUUGAACCUGGUUUUCCGAGGCGACUUGGAGCACAAGCUGCGCUGGUCGUUCAAAGUGUACGACAAAGACAGCAACGGCUACGUGGACCGCAGCGAGUUGCGCUCCAUCAUCGACAGCAUCUACCGAGUGAACAGAAGCACCAAGAGGGAGUGGAAGGACGGCCCGCUGAGCGUGGACCAGGUGGUGGACGGGAUCCUGCAGGCGGUGGACUCCGACCGAGACGGUCAUAUUAAUCUCUACGAGUUCAUCCGAGGGGCCCAGCAGGACCCCUGGGUGCUGAACAUGUUGAAGCUGGACAUGAACCCCGCCGGGUGGGUGCUGGAGCAGAGGAGGAUGAGUGGCCACUGAAGGGGCCCAGAGGGACGGACCACCGUCUGAUGUCCCACUGCUGCCACUCUUAUCUCAGCGCUUGAUGUUCUUAGUGUUCUUUACAUCCUUCUAGCAUUGUGUGGAUCUGUAUUUGUAAUGUCUGAGCACUGCUUUUCAUGC